AUGCGAGUCCCCCUUCUUGUUGCCGCGCUGCCUCUUGUCAGUGCUCUGCCUCGAGGUUUGCUGGAUCAACGUCCUGCGGACACUGUUGAUCCUAAUCGCGGCAGAGCCGCUGAUGUGAGCUGGAAUGGACAGAAUGACUAUUUUAGCUCGCGGGGACGAGAUCGUCAUCCUAGCUGGCAAGGCAAAGACCGUGAUCCCAGUUGGCAAGGCAAAGAUCGUGACCCCAGCUGGCAAGGCAAAGACAAUGACCCCAGUUGGCAAGGCAAAGACAAUGAUCCCAGUUGGAACGGACCAGGCUGGCCUGAACAUCCAUACCGUCCAGAUUUUCCCGAAGAAAAUGAUAAGCCAGAAGUCAAUGAUCAGCCAGAAGCCAAUGAUCAACCAGAAGUUAAUAAUCAGCCAGAAGUUAAUGAUCAGGCAGAAGUCAAUGAUAAGUCAGAAGUCAAUAAUCAGCCAGAAGACAAUAAUCAGCAAGAAGACAAUGAUCAGCAAGAAGACAAUAAUCAGCAAGAAGGCAAUGAUCAGCAAGAAGAUGAUUGUCCCGCUGAAGACGACGGUCUGGCAGAUGACAAUGAUCAGUCAGAAGACGAUUGCCCCUCUGAAGACAAUACAAGUGCCACCACCACCAGUGCACCAGACAAACCCGUGGCAACGCAAACCGAGCACGUCGUCUCAGCCACCCCAUCACCUACCGAGGCCCCGUCCGGUACCAACAAAGAUCUCUAUAUGCCAAUUGUCGACAAGUGGCUUCCUGCUUUGAACUUACGCCCACUCAAGUACGACGCUGAGCUGGCCAAGACUGCUCUCCAAUGCAGUGAGCUCAGCAACGGAGACCUCAAACACUGUCCGCAUGAAGGCAACGCACAGAUCAUGGCACCCGGCAACGAGACGGCGUUCGAGCAUGUCUUUGUAGGUGGCUGGCUUGGCGAGCGAUCAGAUCUCUUCCCAGACCAGGAAGUCUGGAGAAACUUUAGCAAGGCAUGGGACUACCGGGGCCAGACUGACCAUGCGGACUACUUGGCCGAUCAAGGCACAUACGACAACGGAAAACCGCUGAAGCUGACCAAGAUUGGUUGCGGCUGGGCAGGGGGCUCGAAUGGGGGGCAGCAGUGGAACAUGUGGACGUGUGAUCUUGCUUAG